AUGUCAUGGAAUGAUGAUAUGGCAUAUGCUAUGACUCUCUACAAAUUCUUAACUUUACCAUUAGGCGUUUGGCCUUUGCAAAAAUAUAAUACAUUUUCUUUAGUCCGUUCUAUAGUGUGCGGCUUCAGCUUGAGUGUGAUGUUAAUCACAAUGUUGCUCGAAAUCAAUUUCGGUAACGGUGACGCAUAUGUAAAAAUUGAUACUCUUAUGGUCAUAUCCUGCAUCAUUCUUGCUACAUUAAAACUGUUAUCCUUCCGCUUAUAUGCCGACAAUCUGAUUCGUAAUUAUUCUUCUGCUGUGAACGAUUAUUCCACAAUCGACACCGAAGAGAAGCCAGGCAAUAAGGAUAUUCAAGUUGAUGAUGUCAGCAAAACUCAAGCAUCGAAGUUACCUAUGCCCUUAACAUUUUUAGAGGAUUUGCAUAUUCCUUCCAGUUUAUAUUUCGUCAUCUCUACAUUACAAUACACCAUAUUGAUGAUCACUUGCACCACCAAUUGUGCUUCAUCAAUUUUUACGCUGGCACCUAUGAUGACAGGCGAUGAGGAUAUCCAUAUUAAUGUAUCCAUUAAAAAUCAAGCAGCAAAAUUACCAGUUCCCAUAACAUUUUUAGGGGAUUUGCAAAUACCUACAGGUUUAUAUUUCGUAAUCUCUACGGUGCAAUAUUUUAUACUGCUGCUUACUGGUACCAGCAAUUGUGGUUUUCGAUUUAUCUUGGCAUUAAAAUCGCAUGAUGCAGUAAUGAUAACUAAAACUAUUACAGUGAUGAGUACUCUACUGUUACAAUUAUUCUUUUACAGUUUUGUGGGCGAUUAUAUGAAAUGUCAAAUGGAACAAAUCGCUCAUUCAAUUUACAUCUCCAACUGGUAUUACUUGCCAAAUAAAUUGAUGAGGAACGUUUUGUUAGUAAUUAUGCGAUCGCAGCAACCUGUUCAAUUGCUAGCUGGUAGAUUUUUUGUCGUAAAUAUUAAGACUUACAUGAUAAUAUUGAAAAGCUCGCUCUCAUACUUGUCCGUCCUACGAGUGAUGAUGGAAACGUAG